UCUGUGUGUGGACCAGCAGCCAACACACACUUAACAUUCGUUCGCAACAUGGCGUGGAAGCGCCGAGAGACACGACGGCUCUCCCCCGACUAAGCUUAUUGUUUGGAAAUCCAGGGGACUGUGAACCAAAGAGACUUAAACAUUUACAGAGAGUCAUUUACGCACCGGCGGAGACAAUAGCAGAGUCCAGCAUGUCGCUAUAACGGUAUAGCUGGUUGUAUAGACGUACGCUGCUACCCCACUGUUGGAAAUCAAAGGCUGUACAUGGCGGUGGAGAGUACAAUUUGGCUGUUCUGUCUUCUUUCGCUGUUUUGUGGUCCAUCCAAGCAAGAAAAGCCUGUUUCGGUGGAGCUGAGCUGCGGGGCUGGGCCCAGCCAUGUAGUGUUGGAGCCAGGUUUGCCCCUCUUGCUGGACUGCAACCUCGGGGCCAGCGAUACACCUUUCAAUGUCACCUGGCUUCAGGAUGGCCUGCCUCUGCCUCUGGAGGGGGGUGACUUCCUGCGGUAUUUGGCCAAUGGAUCCCUCCUCCUGCUGCCGACCUCUAAGGAUGGCCAGUCUCCUCAGGGCGUGGAGGGCGGCUACAGCUGUGUGAGUGCCAGUGCCCAUGGAGCGCUGACCAGCCGGACUGUAAAUGUUCUCCUAGCAAGUCUGUCUAACUUUCUUCAGGAGCCAUCACCCCAAACGGUACCCGCUGGGGGAGCUGCUCGCUUCAAAUGCCAGAUUGAGGGAGUACCCACACCUGUUAUUACCUGGGAAAAGGACACAGUGGCUGUUCCUGAGGAAACAAGGUUCAUUUCCCUUCUUAAUGGGGUACUCCAGAUUCUGGAGGUGACCAAGGAGGAUGAGGGUGCCUACCGCUGUGUCGUGUCCAACUCUGCCAGGAAGGACAUCAGUCAUGAAGCCAGGCUCACUGUCACCACAGGCUCGACUGAAGCCCUGAACAGAGUUGCGAUUGUUGCACCACCUCAGAAUGCAGUAGUCGUGCUCGGCCGUCCAGCUGUGAUGGAGUGUAUGGCACAAGGCCAGCCGAAGCCACUCGUGUCCUGGAGCAGACAAGAUGGAAAGCCUAUUUCCACUGAUGUGGUCGUCCUUGCAACAAACCUGGUGAUUAGAGACACAAGGCGUCACCAUGCCGGCGUUUAUGUCUGCCGGGCCAACAAGCCCAUGACCAGAGAAUUUGUUGAUGCUGCUGCUGAGCUGCAUGUGCCUGCCCCUCCAGUGAUUCUCCAGCCCCCAGAGACAGCGUCCCUCUCCCGGGGAAACACAGCCAGGUUUGUGUGCAACAGCUCUGGGGAGCCUCCUCCAGUGUUGCACUGGCUAAAAGAUGGUCAUCCCAUCAAGACAUUCAGACGGGUAAAGACCCAAAGUCCUGGAGUCCUGCUCAUCAACCAGUUGGCGUUGGAGGAUGCGGGCUACUACCAGUGCAUAGCGGACAACGGGCUAGGCACGGCAUGUGCCACUGCCAAGCUGACAGUCAUUGUGAGGGAAGGUCUGCCCAGCUCUCCUCGCCACCUGUCUGCCACACCCUACUCCAGCACAUCUGCCCUGCUCAUCUGGGAGAAACCUGAGUAUAACUCGGACCAAAUCAUCGGCUACUCUGUACAUUGCCAACGCGCCGCAGGGUCAGAUAAUGUGGAGUACCAGUUUGCAAUGAACAACGACACCACAGAGUAUCACGUCAAAGAGCUUCUCCCCCAUACUGCCUACACAUUCUUUGUGGUAGCUUACUCUCCCAUGGGUGCCAGUCCGCCAUCCCUGCCUGUUACGGUAGAAAUGCUGGAGGACGUGCCAAGUGCACCUCCUCAGCUGUCUAUAGCCAGCACCUCCCCCUCAGACAUCAGGCUGAUGUGGCAUCCAUUGUCCUCCCAGAACAGCCGAGGAGCUGUUACCCGCUAUCGCAUUGAGUACAGCACUCUGGAUCAGGUGGACAGUGUGUUCUCAGUGGAAGUUGGGGGUAAUGAGACUCAGUUCACACUAAGAGAGCUGCAACCCAACCAGGCCUACCGGCUGAGGAUAGCAGCUGGGACAGGCGUUGGCUUUGGGGUUCCCUCUGAGUGGGCUCAGCACCAAACAUUAGCCCACUACAACCACAGCGACCACAGCAUGGUGAUCUUUGCCCCCACUGAGCUGAAAGUCAGAGCCAGAGUGAAAUCACUCAAUGUGACAUGGCAUCCCUCGCCCAAUCACACACUGGUCUCUGGUUACAAGCUGUCCUGUCGAGAGGUGGAGGCUGACGAAUCAGCCAAUGAAAGGACAACACAGACCCACACCACUGGGCUUGGUAAGAGGGCCAGGUCACAUCUCCUCACCAAGCUGGUCCCUGACCGGCAGUACGAGGUGAGAGUUUGGGGAUACAACAAGCAGAUAGAUGGAGCAGCUGCUGUGUGGAAGGGAAGGACAGACAGGGCCCAUGACAAAACAUCGUCGCCGCUCCUUCCGCGCCCUCCUCCAUUGCCCCCAAGCAGCAUCCAAGCCAUGGCCAACAGCUCCACCUCCAUCUGGCUGCGCUGGGAGAAACCACGGUUUAGCCACGUACGCAUUAUCAACUACACAGUGCGCUGCAGCCCAGCGGGAACCACCAACGCCUCCCUGGUUUCUUAUUACACAAGCUCUGCUCAGGAGAUACUUCUCGGGGCCUUGAGGCCCUUCACCCGCUAUAAGCUGGCGGUGCAGUCUAAUGGAGUGGACGUGGUUGGACCCUUCAGCGGCACAGUGGAGGAGUCUACCCUGUCUGACCGGCCCUCAACACCUCCUGAGGAGCUGCGGCUGAGAGCUCUGGACUCCUCCUCUGUGCUGGUGAGCUGGCGCCCUCCGCUGGAGCCUAACGGCAUCAUCAUCAGCUACAGGAUCUUGUUCAGUGGCAACCUCAGCCAGCCUGAGCACUUGUGGGAAAACAUCUCUCAGGAUGGGAGCAUUACCAGUGUGGAGGUCCAGGGUUUGUCCAGUGACACCCAUUACUUUUUUAAGCUGGGAGCAUCUACUGAGGUGGGGCCAGGGCCUUAUUCACCUAUAAAGGAUGUUUACACCCCCCUUCAGAAAUAUGAGCUGGACAUCCACGCAGUGACAGGCAUCAUAGUCGGUGUGUGUCUGGGGCUGAUAUGCAUCCUCCUCUGCAUGUGUUUCAGCUUUCGUAAUGGCAAAUCUAGGGAGGUAUCUGGGGGCCUGGACUCCACAGCUGUGACCCCUCAGUACAGACGAGGAGGCUGCAACGUUCCCUCCAACGUGCCAGAGUGCAGCAAUAGUUACGAGCUGGAGACACUGAUGCCCCCAGGCAGCCAAGAGUCUGGUCCGCCGCUAGAAGAGGCCUCAGAGGAGCAGAGCCUGAUGGCAAGUUCUAAUCCAGGGGAAGGGGAGGAUGCUCCUGCACCUGAACCCAAGGCUGCUUGGAAUGGCUCUGUGAGUCAUAACUGGGCCAACAGAAUCACUAGAUACAGAGACACCAUAACAGAAGACUCUCCAACACUCAUUAAUGGAGCUCUCAACAGGCUAAUUACUGAUAACGGCACGGACGUAGAAGAUUGUCUGUGUACAUCUGUGUGCAGUAACCAGGUGGAGGCGGAAGUCAUUGUUCACUCAGAGCUGUCAGUCCCAGGGAGGGAGAAAGAGGAGGAGGGCACCACCAGGGGACCCUCAUUAUCAGAGGACAGAUAUUCCCUUUUGAGUCAGCCAAGCCCACCAGGAGAGGGGGACACUCUCAAAAAACUAUCACUGGCCCAAAGCCCCUCGAGUCUUUCCUUGAUAAAGUUGGUGGCUAAUCACAACGGGGAGCUACAAGGCACGGCAGACAUAGAGCCACAGCCGGACAUGGGGCUAACCAAUGGCUUCCACUCCCCAAAGACUGUGCAUUCUGUGCUGAGGUCAGAGCAUCUGGAGAAUGGGGACUCCAGACACUGCCUUUUGGCACCAGGGAAGGCCAUCUCUGCAGGGCUGUCCCCUGCCCCCUUUGUCAGCUCUGGCUUUGUCCACUCUACCUCAGCAGCACACGGUUAUCUGUGCCCAUAGCCCCUGCAUGGAGGGCAUCGAACCUUACACACACAUGCAGACAUCAGACUGAUUUUCUUUUCUGAUUUCUUUCUUUCUUUACAUACCCAGGAACAAUCCAUAGGGAUUACUUUUAUGCACCUCAUUAUUGGAUUCUUUUCUCUUCCUUGCAAAGUUUUUAUAGGUACUUUGAAUCCAUUGUUUCAUACGUGCGUGUAUAAACAGUAUACAUAUACAGUAUAUUUUUAAUAGUAGAGUACUGUAUAUAUGUAUGCAUUCACUAGCAUUGCAACCAUAUUUUCCUCUGGGUUUUUUCCUGUCUGUAGGAAAGAAAAGAAAGAUUUAACUUAACCAAGCAGAUGGAACUGGAUUGAAGGAGGCUAUUCCCACAUGCUUAUGGCUUUGUUCCACUCAGGAAUGAGAAAGCUAGUACAUAUGUUCUGUGAGUGAGACAGGCUAUCUAUCAUCAUGGAUGGAAGGAUUGGAAAUGCAAGCUUGAUGGGUCUCCCUGGGCUUUGUCAUGUGGAUGCUACUUUACCGUAGCACUGAGGAAUAAGCCUUAAAGGAUAUCUGCACCUCUGAGAGUGCAGAACACCUGUGUAUCUCUCCAGCCUCCUGCUGUCUCAGGGUCCAUGGUAUCUCACAAAAACUCAAACGGUCACCCAUUAACAUACAUUUACACACACAUUUUUUCUGACUGGAGUGUGGGUGUCUCAGGUGCCUAAUUAUGGUAGGUGCGUUUAUAACCUCUGUAUAUUUCUAUAGAUGAUUCUAUUGAAUACAAGUACAAACACGUCAAAAUUAAAAAGAAAAAAACACUCAAAAUGUAAAAAGAUUAGAAGGAGUAUACAGAUUUGGUACUAGGCACGGGCCGGUUACCGGUUUCAAGGUAUACCGCGGUUUGAAAAAGUCCCGGUUUUAAAACCACUAACAUUUUCUGUCAUAUGUCUAAGGUAUGAGCUGUUUUUAAUGAGUCUUCAAGGACAGAAAGUGCACUUUAGAAAUCCCUCUCCCUGCCAGUGUGCAGUGUUUAAAAAAUAAAAUACAUUGUGUUCAAUGGAAAAAAAAGUUUUUUCAUUUAAAACAUUUUAAAGCUGUAAUUGCAAUACUGCAAUACCGUGAAACCGUGAUAUCUCAUACCGGGCCAUGCCUAUUUGGUACACAUGAAGUAUUCUUUUCCAAAAUGUCAUAUAUCCAUGUGGUGUGAUUUUGUGAAACAGGGAUACUCAGUUGAAAAGUCAUAUGGUGGAUAUCUCAUUUUGGAAUCAAAGUAUUUACGUGUUCAUGUUGGUAUUGGUUUAAUUAUGUUGCUGGGAGAACUAGAGAAGUUGUAACAACAACCCAUUUGUAGACCACUUUGGCUCCCAGUUAGGGAUGCACCAAUAUGAUACUGUGCCAUUAGUUGUCAUUUAAAUUUUCCCUAUAUGUGAAACACCUGCACCCCAUGUUUUUAAUUCAAGGGGAAUUGAACUUGACUCUACAAGCAUAUCUCAUUCCCGUUGUAUGAGAAAAUUUCCACAAUGCUGUACUCUGCUACAGUACCAGAAAUCAUUAUAACAUUUCUGCAUUUAUCAGAUAGGUAAGAAGUUUGAUUAGAAAAAAUAAAUAAAUGUGCUCCAACUUUAUUUACAUUGACUCCAGACCAUUCAACGUAUUUAGUAUCAGAUUCAACGUAUUCAAUCAGAUUGCUUUCCAUAAUUGACUGAUAUGUGAAGCAGAAUGAGUCAGUAUUGGUUUUGUCAGUGUAAACGGGGAACUGGUGCAUCCCUACUACUUAUGAACAACACUACCUCAUUUCUUUUCAUAACGGUUUCCAGUGUGGUUUUAUUAGUUGUAUGUAACUAGCACCUUUUCAAGAACUUUUUCUGAACUUGUCUAAUUUUACAGUCUUUGGUAUUAGCAGAAAUAAUCGUCCGACGCUGACUGUAUGUUCUUGUUAUGUCAAAGACACGUUUAGCGCUUUAGUGCAUUGCAGUUUCUUCUCAGAUCUCUGAAGAUUGUGUCACUCAGUAUUUCGUAAUUGUUAAAACCCUACAGAAAACAUCAACACCCAGUGUUUUGAUACGAAGCACCUGAAACUUAAGUCUAGUCAUUUUCAUCCAAUUGCAGUUUUGGACCUGAAGUUCCAGUCAAAAUCCCCCAACUAUGGGCAAGGAAAGUAAUUAUGGAGGGAAUAUUUAUUCAUAAUUCAAAUUGAAAGUCCAAAGAGAAAAUGAAGCAAGAUCAAAUUAAAAAUAGUAUUCUUAUUAAAAACAGUAUUAUUUUACUACACUACUAGGAAAAACCAUGCCAUAAUUAAAUGUGAAAUGUAAAAGCUUAA